UAGCUUCCCGCGCCCGACGUCGGCCCAAUUUCUUUUCAGCCGAGUUAUUUGGACUUGAAAACACGUCCAUUUCGAACUUGAACGCCCAUUUUACGAUUCACUCGGCCGAUUGAUUGCGAACCAUCGAUGGCCAAAGAAUUUGAAACGCCAGCAUAGCCCACAAGUUGUCUAGUUUUAUGAAAAACAUUGAGCUUUACGUUGAUGUCUUGACAAUCGACAAACUGACUGUUUGUCCGCCGAUACUCGUCUUCUAGCAGCAAUAUUUCUUCAAAUUAUAAGGUUGAUGGAGGUGGUGGAUCGUGACAGGAGGAGGGUGACCCAGGUCUAAUAAUGGGCAACAAGCUGAGCUGUUCCUGCGCCCCUCUCAUUAGGAAAUCGUACAAAUAUGAAGACUCGCCGUGGCAAGCUUCGAGGAGGAGGGACGGCCAUCUCCUUAGGUUGUGGGCGGAAGUGUUUCAUGUCAGUUCGAGCGGAGCGGGGACAGUAAAAUGGCAGCAGGUGUCCGAAGACUUGGUCCCCGUCAACAUCACGUGCAUACAAGAUUCUCCUGAUUGUGUUUUUCACAUCACAGCCUACAACAGCCAGGUCGACAAAAUCUUAGACGUACGACUCGUUCAACCAGGCACUAGGAUAGGACAAGCGGCGGAAUGUUUCGUUUACUGGAAAGACCCGAUGACCAACGACACUUGGGGCCUUAAUUUCACCUCUCCUAUAGACGCGAAGCAAUUCAAGGAAUGUUGCUCACCUUCUUUUAAAUUCUCCAGAAAAGCUUCGUCGUCUUAUUCAUUGAAACUAGAACCUCCAAGUAAACAAAAUAAGAUAAAAACGAAAAGAAAACCUUUGUCGACCCCAGCUUCGCCCAGUAGAUCUCGUGAACCACAGUGUACGUGUAUGACUGCGGAUCAGUACGCACGUCUGAGAGCACAAGACCCACGCAUUCGAGGCUCGUCGACUCUCCCGCGAGCGACUAGCAGGGGGACGGACAUAACUGACGGAAGAGUGUCGGCACUCGGCGACAAAGUGGCAGCUGCUACGAGUUCAACUUCUUUGUAUGACAACGUGACGACAACACAGCAGAGUCAACAGCAGGGACAGCAGGGUCUGGGGGUGGGCGUCAAAGGCAGGCAGACAAGGGACAGAGAGACGAGUACGCCUGGAGGGAAGAUCAACGGGCAGGCGUCGCAUACCGCAGGAUCUCAGACAGAUGAAGGAGAAGAGACACAGAAGUCCGAGGGGACACAAGCUGGCGUGUCGGCUGGGAAAACAAGCACGGGUACCUGCACUCCUAGAAUGAUAAAAGACAGUCAAACUCAAUCGAACGUAGGCGGCAACAUGGACGGAGUCGACAUGGUUCGAGAAGCGGAACUGAGGCAGGCCAACAACAACAACAUUAACAACCUCAAUAACAAUAUCAACAACAAUCGAAGAAACAAUAAUCGAGGGAGAGAGAUGUCUCUCGAUUCAAACACCCUGAAGAGGAUGCUCAAGCCGAUGCCAUCUCUCGAAAGCCCGGUUACGAGUCCGGAAAUGGGGAGACGGCGUUACAACUAUUACAAUCAUUACCAGCAACAGAACAACAACACACGAAAUGUAAUGUCGGAGACGGAAUCCGGCGGAGGACGCCAUCGGGCUAAUAGGUUUUCAGGGUCUAGAUCAUCACACGAAAUAGGCCGUGGAAGAGGCGAUUACGGAAGAUCUUUGUACCUCGAGCUGGGCCACGAAAGAGCCGGGAAUGGCGGCGGUGAGGCUUCGCCACCCAGUGACAACGUUCUCUUUGACAAUCAAUGCUACGCAACCACACCCAGUUCAAGCAACGGCAACUCGGAUCUUGAUCAGCCCUCCUCACAUAGAGGUUACGGCGGAAGAGAUGGCUUAGGAACCGUUUCAACACCAAGUUCACCGACAAGCAGACUGUUGAUGGAAUACGAAAUGCAUCUGAGAAACACUCUUGCUAAGGGGAUGGACGCUGAAAGCUAUUCACUACACACCUUCGAAGCCCUACUUACACAAAGCAUGGAAAAUUUGGAAUUCGCCGAACAAUUACCAACAUCAAACAGCAGAAGCCCGUACCCGAACAGAAGACGGCCAGUUGGAAAUUCUGGAAACACGAUGAACAAAUCUUCGACCCUUCCGUUGCCCCACCGUCUGAGCAUGGAGCGGCCGGCAUCUAGCGCGGCAAUUUCCAGAGAGGGCUAUUAUAGCGACAGGAACGAACUUGCAAGAGAAAGAGGCUACCUUUCGGACCAUAAUUCAUCAAGCCGUUGUGCCUCUUGCCUUGGCGAGUCAGCUCGAGCUCAAUGGUUCAGGCAUUCGGACGGUUGGAGGUCCGGGAGUUCGACAUUGGGAAGCUGUGGAAGCUACGGUCCAUCCGGCGUUUUACCGCCUUCGGGAAACGGCGCCCCUGGAAGUGGUGGCGGUACCGGUGGCCAUAGAAGGUCCCCUUGGGAUUCUUUGCCCUCUUUGAGACACGAAGGGUCUCUCAACGAUUCCGGUUACAAAAGCAAUCGAGCUGACUCGUUCGAACAGAGAGGGGUUUUCGACCGCCAGGACAGUCUGAGAUCUGAUUACAUGAGCGACAGGGAAUCUUCAAGAUAUGGGAUCGUUCAGCAGGCGUCAAUUGAAAGUACAGACUCGAGGCUGUGCUAUCUGACUUCAUCUGAGAUGUCCGAUGAUGACCGUAUGUCAUUGACUACGGCCGUCUCGGACGACGACGACGGCGAAUCUGUGCACGCCUCGCCUUACAGAGCAAAGCAGACUGGUACUGCAGCUGCUUCUUUCAACUGUACUGGAGCCGUCCGCAAAGCCGGGUUUCUAUCGGUCAAGAAGUGGCUUCUGAGAAAGAAGCACCAAAUAGAACUGGCACGGAAAAGGGGAUGGAAGGGUUAUUGGGUCUGCCUCAAAGGCACGACUUUGCUCUUUUAUCCUUGCGAUUCGAGAGAAGGAAGAUCAGUCGAGGCGGCGCCGAAACAUCUAAUAAUUGUAGACGGAGCCAUAAUGCAGCCCAUUCCGGAACAUCCGAAAAGGGAUUACAUCUUCUGCCUCAGUACGGCCUUCGGAGACGCCUAUCUAUUCCAGGCCCCAUGCCAAGUCGAAUUGGAAAACUGGGUCAACAGCAUUCAUUCAGCGUGUGCAGCAGCGUUUGCGAGACACAGGGGGAAAACAGGCACCUUGCACCUGCUCCAGGAGGAAAUAUUCAGACUGGAAAAAGCCAUAGAGGCAGAUCACAAAUUGAAGCAUAUGGCUGAACUUCAGUUGAGCGUGGUCUCGGACCAGGAAACCAAGAGUCAAAUUUCACAACAGAUUCUGCAGUGGGAAGAAAAUUUGGAACGGCUGCACUGUGAGCAAUUCAGGCUUCGUUGUUACAUGGCAAGCUUGCAGAACGGCGAAUUGCCAAAUCCAAAGAGUCUGCUGACGCACGUGUCCAGAGCGACAAAGUCUACUCUGAACAAAUUGGGAGUUUUCACGGUGUCUUCUUUCCACGCGUUUAUAUGCGCCAGAUCGCCAAGUCUCCUCAACAAUUUGCUCGCGGGGAGAGGAGCGACGAAAAGAAGACCUCCGAUGCUCUCCAGGUCCAAUUCAGGAUCCUCGCGUCGUUCUCUACAAAUGUCGAGGGAAGAGCCGGACAAAUCCGUUAAAGUUUCCGUUCCUGAUAAUCAGUUCGUAAACGUGUAUGUGAGAGAGGGUAUGACAGUUGAAGAAUUCUUGGCGGGUGCGUGUGCCAGAAAAGGUUUAAACGCCAUGGAACAUUUUGUAAGAGUAAAAAAAAGGAGGGAUAUGGAAGACCACAACUAUUUCGUACCUCAUAGAUCAGACAUGAUUGAUACUUACUUACACACCCACGAAGUUGUGGAAGUUUGUGCUAAAAUCCUAUACCAAGUGGAACUCCAAAGAACUUCGUUGGAGCAUAUGUGGGGCUUUUCGGUAGAGGCUGAACUGAUAGAAAAUGCUGACAGGCAGGACGAACUUUGCUGCUACGUCAGCCGGGUCGAAGACAAGAGCGUCGCCCUGCACAACGGUACGUCUACCUCUGGGAGCUGUAGUAACCUUAGCUCAAUCGUGUAUAUUCCAGGGUUGAUAAAAGGGGAUGAAAUAAUGGUGAUCAACGGUGCCAUAGUGUCCGACUUGGACAUGAUGUACCUCGAGUCCGUUCUUCAAGAAGAGCUGUCGCUUUGCAUGAUGAUGAGAUCAUCGAGGACAGAACCGCCAGAGAUGGGAGCAGGACUUCUUAGGCCCGAUGUGGAUAUCGAAUCACUCGUCUGCCCCCCGCCUCCUUCUGAACCGCCUGUCAUUUCCGAGGAAAUGAUAUCCGAUCUCAUUGUCCCUGCGCCUGGAUGGAGCAAGGAGCUGUACGCCGAGCCGGAAUCUUCGCCGGCCCCUUCGUCCAGCGAACCUGCCCCCAAGCAGACGUCGAGGGCCAACUCUUUCGAAAUUGAAAACCUUCUGAAGACGGCAGAGCAGGUGACCGGAUUUUGCCGAUCGCCCGUGGAAACAAGAAAAUCUAGCCCGACCGGUAGCGUCGUCAGCUCUCAGGUCACGCUAACACCGAGCAGACAGCUAACGGACGCUGAGAAGAUUAGAAAAGUAGUCCUGGAACUCAUCGAAACCGAAAGGACUUACGUUAAACAUUUGAACAGCCUACUCGAGAAUUAUCUGGAGCCGUUGAAAAAGGAGACGUUCCUAUCUCAGGCAGAAAUCGGGGCCCUAUUCGGCAACAUCCAGGAAAUCGUUUCGUUUCAGAGGCAAUUCUUGCAAAACCUAGAGGAGGCCUUGGAUAUGGAGCCGGAUUUCAACAAAUUCGAACACCCGAAUCAAUUCAAGAACGUAUUGUUUUCAGUCGGAAGUGCCUUCCUUUAUUAUGUUAACCACUUCAAACUGUAUAGUUCGUUUUGCGCAAGCCAUUCCAAAGCACAGAAAGUUUUACAUCCAAAUGAAGGGAAUCAAGUGUUACAAGAGUUUUUGUCCUCGAGGAACCCACGACAACAGCACUCAUCGACUCUUGAAUCAUAUCUCAUCAAACCAAUCCAGAGGAUUCUGAAAUACCCGCUGCUGCUUCAACAGCUUAGAAACUUGACUGACCCUCAAUCGGAUCAGCAUUUGCAUUUAGUCGAGGCUCUAAAGGGCAUGGAGAAGGUGGCAGAGCAUAUAAACGAAAUGCAAAGGAUCCAUGAAGAGUACGGUGCUAUUUUUGACCAUUUGUACCGACAACAUCAGAAGUCGUGUAAACAGCCUAUUGAUCUUAGUCCUGGCGAUCUUCUAUACUACGGAGGCGUGGAAUGGUUGAACAUUUCAGACUUCCUAGGGAAAAUUAAAAAAGGACUUGAACUGCACGCCAUGUGCUUUGUUUUUAAGUCCGCAGUCGUUUUUCUGUGCAAGGAGCGAGUAAGGCAAAAAAAGAAACUCAUGAGUGUGGCUAGCAAAGGAAAGGAAAACGAAGUAGAGAUAAUCCGUUAUCAAGUAUUAAUACCGGUGACUGAAGUACAAGUAAGGGCAAGUUCAGCAAAAGAUAUGGAUUCCCAUUUCUUAUGGGAGUUGAUCCACUUGCGAAACCAAUUGCAAAGAAGAUCCGAAAAAGUUUACGUCUUGUCGAACAGCACUGGCGAGUUCAGGAAUGCUUUCUUGAAAACAAUCAGGCAAAUAAUAAGGGAGUCAGUUAGGAAUAUGAGCAUCCCGCAGACGAAGCCGGCGACCGGCUUACCUCAUCCUCAAUUUUCGGGUACUGCUACUUUAGGCAGGCAGACUCAAAGCCAAAAGGGCACGACAGCUUCAACCUCUGGGUCGAACGACAACCAAAACACGACUAAAAGCGGUGCUGUGAUACAGGGAUCCCAGACGUUGGGCAAAGCCAAGAAACCGCCGAAAGGACCGCAGAGACAUUCAGCCGGCAACAUAGAUUAUGACAAUCUCACUGACAGCAGGGAGAGUUCGAUUGAAGGACCACAUCCUCCUUCGUCGUCCUUCCGAGGCCGAAGCAAAACCGUAUCAGACGCUACAGAUGCUGUAAACGAGAAAGGUAGACACGAAUGUGACCCCGGAACGAAAUCGGAAGGGGAGGAAGAAUUCAUGGGGGCAGGGUGUAGUAAGGGUCGUCAGCAGGCGGGUUCCGGCUUAGGAAGGACGCCGAACCACUUGACUCUGAGUACGACUUCGACUCUUUCUGCAGGUUCGACGGGAUCACAAGCGAGGCUUAUACAGUCUUCCCAGCAGCCUUCCAACUACCAGCCUCCGGCAGCGUCCGACUUAGGCUCGCCAGUUUGGAAACCAAGAGACAUUACUGAGGCGUCCACGUUGCCGAGGAAGAGCAAGCCGUCUGCUCAAGUGGAGAACAACACGAGGACCCUCGGACGGCAGAAGAGGUCGGAUCAGCAUUCCUUGCAGAAUCAGCACCGCUAAGGGGAGCAGCGGAAUCAGCUCAAAUUUAAAAUUUAAAACAUUUAUAACGGCACGGCCGGAUGAUUCUGCUCGAUAUGUACACUUGCCUAAGUCACAAUUGGGAUGGGGUAAAAUUUAUUUUUUAUUAACAUAUUUAUUUGCGUGAAUGAGUUGUAUGGUGAGUGGUAAAGAAAUAUCGAGAGUUUUUCCACAACUAUAACUAAAUCAAAUUAUAAAAUAUAUAUAUUUAACAAAUCAAACAAGAGAUCUUUAAUUGUAAAAUUUCAAUUGGUAACUACUUUCCUAUACGAGGAAACUUAGUACAGGAAUACUAUUAAUUGUAGAAAAAGUAUUUAUUCGAUUGUAAAUAGAAAAAUGUGAGCGGAAAAUAUAUAUAUAUAAAUAUAAAGAGAAAAUAUA